AUGUACCCUUCGCGGUUCCCGACAUCUCCGCCCGUGUCGCGCUCCGCUUCUCCUCUUCAACCGGUGGCCUCUGCGCCUGACCCGGCAGCUGGAUCUAACCAGGGCAAUUCUACAGCAUCCAAUGCUUCUACAUUACUUCAUCAUCAUCAACAACUACAACAACAGCAUCUCCCAGACUUAGUUAGUCUUCGUAAAGACGGAUGGCUUAAUAAACUUAACGCUCAGUCAGGACUUACAGCCUUUGGUGGUGCUUCCCUUCCAAGCAUGUCACUGGGGAACUCUAGUAAUCCAUCUUUAGCACCAAGCACUACUAAUGGAACCUUGAAUGCAUCCUUAACUACCUCCUCCUCAUCUUCUUCAAACAAUAUCUCCUCGUCUUCUUCCUCCUCCACCUCUUCCUCCUCUAAUCCAUUAUCCAAUUCUACAUCUUCUACAUCUUCUUCCAAUUCUUCAUCUUGGAAACUCACCCGUGCAUCUCUCAAAGGUGGAGUCCUAACAAUUUCAAAACCACCAUCAGAUCUUGCUGUAAGAGCCUUUGACUCCUCUGUCCCCUCUCAACCCCUAGCUGUACAUGCUGCUGCACACCCUGAAUACUACCCUCUAAAUUCGUCUUCAGCUGCUGCAGUUGCUUCUCAUAGACGAGUCUCUAGCAUUGUAUCCAAGGCAUCCACAACAUCAAAACAAACUACUACUGCUGCUGCUUCUUCUUCUUCUACAACAACAACAACAACAACCACAACAACUAUUCACUACCUUGGUCCAGACCCUCACCCAGACCUCGAAUAUGAUCGUGGACGCAUUGUUGGUGGAUCAGAUGAAGCCAUUUGCCAUACUAUCCUAUUUGGUCAAAGUACUUCUGUCACUAAAACUUCAGUCCUACUCCUCCCCCUCUUAACAGACAUUGUAGGAGCCAUGGAAAUCCUAACUCUCUAUUCUCAAACCCCUGCAGUCCAAGUCUCUCGUUUGCGCCUUGUUAUCGAAACAAUCCAAAACAGUUUCCCCGGUAUGCUUCUUGAUAACACCAUCUUCACUGCCUUUUUGCGUCUAGUCGAGUCGGUCUCGUGCCAUGAUGAUGCAGUAGCCAAUGAACUCAAACGAUCUGUUGUUCUUAAACAAAAAUCAAUGACUGAAAUUCUUUCUUACGCAUCUCACCAAGAACAUAUCAUGUGGUCUGUAAGUCAGCCAAGUGUAAAUGAAGCCCUUUCAGAUCGUCUCCAUGCAAUCAUGAACAAGCAUGAACAUCCUUCUCGUAAUCACCAGCAUCAACAACAGCAUCAACACCAGCAGCAUCAGCAACAACAUCAACAACAACAACAACAACAACAACAACAACAACAAAUACCACCAUCAUCAUCACAACAACAACAGCAACAACAACAGUCUACUCGGCCCUUCUCUUUACUCCAGGAAAUCACCCCGGACCUUAUCCUAGAUCUCAAUGUCGACGUAUUUGCAAAGCAGAUUUAUCACUUUCAUCUCGCCUUUUCCAAAGAUUGGUCACCAACAACAGACAUUUCUUUACUCUUUACUACAAAGUAUACAUAUAAUCGUCACUCCCCACUCGUCUUUGACUCUACAAAUAUCCACUUUUUAGGUAGCCUCCUUCUUGACCACCUCUUCAACCCUCGUGGCCAUAACUCCAACCACCACCCUAUUAGCAAUGCAUACCGCGGCAAGAUCAUUUCCUACUGGAUCAAUCUUGGAAAUGCACUCAAAAACUGUGGCGAUAUGGUUGGCUGGCUUGCCAUUGCUACAGUCAUUUGCUCUAUCCCUGUUCUUCGCCUACGCUCCUCUUGGUGCUAUGUCCCCCCAGAUACCCGCGACAGGGUCACAAAGGAAUGGGCCCCCGUUGUUUUCGACCUCGAACGUAGACUCAUGAUUUCAGAUAUGACUCGCAAGUCUACUUUCCAUGUCUUGGCCCCUCAAGGUAUCGGUAUGACCUACCCCAAAGAACGUGUUGUACCCUUUUUCGGUGACUUGUGUGUCAAAUACGAAGAAGGCUCCUCCUACAAACAGUGCGAAAUUCGUCUUAACCGUAUCCGUACUGCCUUUGACCGCUGGAAACAUUACCUAGAGCAAAUUCCACAAAAUGACACUUUUGAGCCUCUCCCAGAAGCCAUCCCAAUCAUCCAAAGGCUUCUCUAUGCCCUCCUCGCUAAUCACUUCUCGGCUCCUGUACAAACCCCUGAAGAUGUCCUACGACUUUCCCUCUCAAUCGAGCCAAACUUUUUCGGUACAUAUCUCAAAAACCAUUACUCCCAGCGACUCCCCCUACAAACAGGAUCCUAUGUGCCUCUCCUUUUCACCAUUGUGCUUCCGUCAUAUCGUCUGUUUGCUAAAACUGCUCUUCUCUCAGCUUGUAGCACCCUAUUUACUUCUUCCUCUUCCUUUUCAUCCAAACGACCCCUUCGUCCUUCCUCGUCUCGAUCUGGUAAUAGUGACUCGCUAAAACAACAAGCUUCAAGAAAUGGCUCGGGUCUCACCUCCUCAGCCAUCUCCUCCGCUUCUAUUGCGUCCAUUUCUUCUUCAACAACACUCUCCCCAGCUAUGUCGUCCUUGUCCUUCCCCAAUGUAUCGGCUCUAGCGACUUGUGGUAACGUUGAACUUGACGCUGCCAGUAGGAACUUUAUUGCGCAUUGCCACUCUUCCAAUGCUCUAUUAAAAGACGUACGUGACGUUCUUAAUGUGGCUACCCGUAUUUACCAUCUCUCAGAUGAUAUUAUUUUAAAGGGCUUCGAUGAGGACUCUGCAACUACAGUCCCCGUGGAUCGUAAUAAUAAUAUACCCUUGGCAUUACCUCUUGAGGGUUCCCAACAACAACAACAACAACAACAUGUUGCUAACGAACAAACCCUCAUCAUCAAUACAGCCGUCAAGGCUGCUAAUCUAGAAAGGCUUGUGGACAUUUUGGUUCUUGGCGUUGGAGACUUUAGCACUUUUGUCAAUCCUGAUGACAUGGCACGUUACCCAUUACCACUACCACCACAGUCCCAGGUCCCAGGAUCCGACCUUAGCAUCAAUAAUACAAUCUUCAAGGUUGACAUGGACAUCCACACCAUGACAUUUUUUGCAACUUACCGUAGCUUCUGCUCGCCAUCGGUUCUUCUCGAGAGUUUCCGGAAACGCUUUGUUGGGGCCCAAUCCGCUGCCCUGUCCAUUUCGGCAACAAACAAGCGACCUCUACCACCUCCACACUAUCUCCAUCACCAGUACCAACAAGGUCAUCACGUCAUUCCUCAACAGCAGCAACAGAUCCACCUCGACUCGCAUUUCCCCAACUGGGACCCCACUUGCGAUGCUGACCCAGAAUCCAUCGACUGGGUCAUUGUUGCUCAGAUUCAAAUUGGUGUCUUGGAGGCGUGUCAUUUGUGGGUCUCACAAUACUUUUCUGAUUUUGCAAAUGAUUUGCGUGCACGCGACCAGUUUCUGGAUUUGCUGCGCAACUUUGAGGUGGAGUUGCAAACUUGGAAAGAUGCAGGGGUGCUUCUACGUGACGAUUACAAGUACUACUACGAUACAAUUGAGGCUCUACACAAAAAAGUUCGCAAACUUUUCAUUAAAAAGUCUUAUCGACCAAUUGACAUUAAAAAGCUUUUGCCUAGCUUCCCUCUAGCUGAUCGAUACGAAAAUAUCCUGCCCAAUGGUGAUAUUAAAAGCCUUGAGGCAUUGGUGGAUGACCUCGACACUGUAGCUGCUGAAUACUUUAGCAUGAUUAAUCUACGCGAUUGGAUGGAGGUCUUUGAAAUUCUCGAGACUCAAAGUGUAACUCUCACAGGUCUUUUUAACUACCGCUCCAUGGGAUCCAGCAAUGACGAUGAGAUGGUUGUCAUGGACAUUUUCACCUACCUUGAGUCUCUUUACAAGACUACCUCCGAAGAGCGUCUUUUGUACUCAUUCCCACGACCCCUCCGUGAACUCUUCAAGCUGCGCAACCACAUCAUCCAUUAUUUUGGAUCACAGAUCUCGGAUCCCACCAUCAAAAGAGAUGAUCGCAUUGCACGCAUGAUGUCGAUUCUCAAGAUUUUGGGCAUUGCACGCACUCGCAUGGCCCCACUUGACGUCUUUUCCACAGACUACCCCUCGCUCAAUGAGGACGCAAAAUCGUUUGUUGACGACGAUUCCAACUCGUCCUCUAGUGACCAGACAUACCCCAUCUCGCCCCACAUUGCGUCUUUUGUUGAAUCCGCCAUUGCUGCGGCUAUUGUGCGCCCUGAAAGUAGGGCAUUUGCAAACUCAUGGCUCUUGGCUUCUAAGGAAAUCUGUAAGCAGUUUAGCGGCAUCUUCACCGGUCAAAUCACCACCGUUGACUCUGUCGUCCCAGAUAUUAGUUACACACUUUUGGCCCGCCGGGCCCCGCUAACACCUUGUGUUGGAUGGCUACUGGAGCGCUUGCUUGAAAUUGUCUGCUACAUCCCCAACAUGUGUGUUGAAAACUCCAACCUCAUCAACUUUGACAAGCGCAGGUAUACAUACAACCUUCUCACUAAUAUUCUUGAGACCAAGUCUAGCCUUCAAACAUUUGAGGCUCGCUUUAAUACCACUGAGGGCAACCCUGCUCUACAAGAGUUUUCCAAGCGCAUUUCCUACAUUGUACACCCUACUGAUGGACUGUACCACUUAGACCGUCGCGUUGCUCGUGAAGCAGCUUCUCGAGAGCUCAAGGAUUACCCACGCUCUGCAUCCAAGAACCGUGUGUUUGCCAUUUAUGUUGCAGCCGAAGCUGAAAAGCUAAAGCGUGACUCACGGCAACGCGAAGUGAUUGAGCGCCAGGCCAAGGAGCUCAAAAAGGCAAACAGCAAGAUGAAUAAGGCCAUGUCUGCCGGCGGCAAUGGCCAAGAUGCUUCCUCUAUUUCUGACCGCAAAACAAGCAAAUCCCGUUUUGGUGGGUUUCUCAAGGCUGUGCGGCCAAUCUCCAUGGCCUUUACUGGUAGUUUUACGCCGCCCACUGAAAAAACCAUUCAUCCAGAUGACUUACCCGAUAUUGGCAAUAUGGGCGACGCAAGGUUUAAGCAAAUCACAUCCAUCAAGCUUAUUGACUCGGACAUUACUCAUCUGAAAGCUACCCGCGACCGAUCAUUGUUUAAGGUAACCACCAAGGGCACUGAGCAUUGGUUUCAAGCACUCAACGAAACAGAUGCCGAAGAGUGGGUGCGGUACCUGGAGCUUGCACGCAAGCACGCCCAUUUGCUGGCCGUCAUGUCGCCGACCUCUGCCAAGGUCUUUGGUGUGCCGAUCCGCAUUGUCACUGAGCGUGAGGGCUCGUUUGUACCACGUGUUGUUGAGACGCUCCUGUCGGAAAUUGAGGAGCGCGGUUUGGAAGAAGUCGGCAUCUACCGUAUUCCUGGGUCACUUGCCAGCGUCAAUGCCCUCAAGGCUGCGUUUGAUUCCGGCGAAGAUGUCAAUAUGAAGGAUGACAGGUGGUUUGACGUCAACACUGUGACUGGGUGCUUCAAGCUGUACUUGCGCGAACUCCCGGAACCAUUGCUGACAUAUGAACUUCUCGACGAGUUUGUAGCUUGUGGACAUUUGGGACUUGGCGGAACAGGAGCUGGUACAGAGGAAGCCAUUGUGCGGUUACAUUCAUGCAUUGCACGGUUGCCGCCGGCCAACUACCACUUGCUGCGGCGAUUGGUUCAGCAUCUUAGCAAGGUGACACAGUUUGGCAAAUCCAACAGAAUGCAUGCAGUCAACCUGGCCAUUGUAUUUUCAAUGAGUUUGCUUCCUUCAUCAAGUUCUGCAGCCAUGAUGAAUGCUGAUUUAGGCGCUAUGCAAACCAUUCUCAAAAUUAUGAUUUCUUCGCACGAGCGUAUCUUUGCGGAGCAUCUUGACCAAGCCCCACCGCCUCAGGAAGAGAUUCAGCAUGAAACUAUUGCUCCAUUGAGAUCGGAAACUCCAGUGGAGGAAUGGGGGGAACACCAUUCAAUUCAACGGCAAACUACCCCCCGUCAGGGUACGCCUCGUCAAGGCACUCCCCGUUUAGGGACCGUGACUGCGGCUUCUCCGGAAAUUUCUGCCCAGCCCACCCAGUCUGCUCCACCUCCACCUCCUCCUCCAGUGACUACCAGCAGUAGCAGUAGCCUUGCCAGUGUGAUUCUCAACAAGAAACUCAAUUCGUCACAGGCGUCGCUUGGAAACAUUCCUGUGGAUGAAGAUACACGCCACUACUCGGCUCCAUCGUCCUCUAACACUACCCUGCGUCAGGCCCGGGGCCAUAGCAUGUACUUUGAGCCUGGGUCUCUGUCUAUUUCUGCAGCCCCAGUGCCUAUUCUUGCAGCACCCGUGCACAUGUCUUCAGUUUCGUCGUCCCUCAGUGUUCCCGUUACCGAACCUCCUCGAGUGUCAACGCCUGUUGGUACUAGCAUUCCAAACUCUGUGGCAGCCACGCCUGUCACGCCUGUCACCCAGCACUUGGCUCAGAUGUCUGUGAGCCCGCAUUACGUGGCAAGCCCGCAACAACCGUCUCUCAUGACGCCAACCACUCCUCAGCAACAGCAGCAGCAGCAGCAGCAGCAGCAGAUACAACAACAGCAGACGCACGUUGUUGUUGCGCCUAGUCCCCAACGCAUUGCAAGCACCCCACACGUGGUUAUUCCUAGUUCACCAAGUCCUAGUGGUGGUGGCACUGGUUACACAAAUGUGACAUCUUCCUCGGCAGUUCCUUCAUCGCCUAGCGGUGUAAGCAGUAACCCGUUGGUGGAAAAGCCAGUCGAGGUAGUUGCUCCUGUACCUGUUUCUUUGCAGCUACAGCAGCAACAACAGCAGCAGCAACAGCAGCAACAACAGCAGCAACAGCAGCAGCAACAACAACAACAAAUGCAGCAAUCGCCAGUGUACACACAUGAGAAUCCAAAUGGCCGUACUGGCGGUGGGAUUGUGGCGGCUGCAAUUCAGUACUACAAUAAUGCUGGUGCGACGCCAGCAGCUAAUGCAGCGGUCGAGUCUGUGACCACCAACAAUAUCAAUGUGUCAACUUCAUCGCCUACUUCAUCGUCAUCAUCAUCGUCGUCAUCAUCUUCUUCUGCUACCAGUGGAAUUGGAAUUGGAAGCACGGCCGGUAGUGCUCCGGUUGAGAGUGCUCAGGUUAAUGGUAACAACAGUCCUCCACGACGCAACCUGAUUUCUGUGGUGCGCGGGAAUAAUCGUGCUGCAGCGUCAGGUUCUAAUUCAAGUACAAGCUCUAGCACGAGUACGAAUACGAGCUCCAAUGUCAAUGCCAAUGCCAAUGUCAACUCCAAUGCUAAUACCAAUUCUAAUGUCAAUGUGAGCUAUUCUUCUGAGGAGAAUAGUGAUGUUGGGACUUUGAGCGAAGAUGCUGCAAUUGGUUUACGGUCCAAGCGAUUUUCGUCGUUAAUUCUUGGUGGUGGCGAUUUCACCAGUAGCUGUAAUAGUAAUGGUGGAACAGAAGAAGCAAAAGAUCAUGAGACUGGUAGUAAGAGUUUAGGAGCAGAUUUACUUGAAGCUGUUGCUGAGCAGGAAUUAGAACAGGAUAGUUUCAAGGUAGAAGUUGGUUGUGAUAAGUGA